GGGAAAAUAUCGGCAACGACAAUCCAGCACCUUUUUGCUUUUGUGUGCAGGUCAUUUUUGUGAAUGCACCCGACCUGAAGGUUAACCUUGACUGUAUAACGAUGCGAGCCCGUUCGUUCGUGCACGUACGAAGGCGCAGGUGUAGUCCAUAGGUUACCACAGCUUGGGUGUGCCAAUGUAACUCGUGGACAUUUUCACCAUUUUCAAAUCUUGCAUUUGCCGUUGCAUUAGGCUGCCGUCGUUAAGGAGGGUUAUUACAUUCUAAAAAAAGGGCACCCGUGUUGAUCAAAGAAGCAACAUGGCGGAACCUGAGCAGGAGCAACAUUUUCAUCAUCACGGGAAUGAGGAAGAGGAGUAUGACUGGAUGAACAGUAAGCUGUACCAGUGCAAGGUAGCCUACAAGGAGAAGUUCAUUGCUGGGAUGGAACUGGACAAGAAGUACCGACUCAUGGACGUCGGGUGCUCCGAGGGGGAAUUUAUGACGGAGCUGUCUGCCAAGGUGCACUCGAUAGUAGGGGUUGACAAUGACGCCGCAGCCAUUGUGAAGGCGAGGCAGGCAAACACCGUCCCCAACGUCAGCUACGAGAUAGCAGACUUCGGCGUGGAUCUGGGUGAUCACGGCAAGGAAUGGCGGGAACAAUUCGACGUUGUCAUGAGCGGCUUCGUCCUGCAUUUCGUUGACGACUACGGGAAAUUCAUCAGGAACGUGUGUGACUGUACCAAGCCUGGAGGCAAGUUGUACCUGACCUACUUCGGGGACAGCCGCGGCUGGACGGCCCAAGCUGGGGCGUUCUUACGGGGACACCCUAAGUGGGGCGAGUAUGUCAAGGACGCAAAAUCCAAGAAUGUCGUUCUUGAAUCGACCUUGGACGAAGUGAAGGAACUUUUUGCAGACAACGGCUUCACCGUCGUCAAGAUAGAGGAACACGAACUGGCUACGGACGAUUUCUCGGACGAGGAUGCAGAAGGCUACAUGGGAGUCUUAUCCGCAUUGAGUUCGAUACCAGACAAGCACAGCUCAGAAUGCAUGGCAGACGUACGCAAGUUUUCCAAGGACUACUACGGUACGAAUUCACCUUGGCAAUAUGUUCAGCUCGUCGCAAAAAAAUAGAAUAAACAUUUGGCUAUGAACUUCAACUUCUUUAAAGGUGACAUCGUCCUGAAAUCGCUGACAUUUUCUUGGAUUGGAUAAUUUUAGUCCUAAAAGCACAGUUUUGCUGAUUUUUUGACAGCGCACCAAGUUUUAGGAUAGCAAUGAAAAAAAUGCUUUAGUUUUAACCGAGUAGCUUAGGGGUUAAUUAUUCAUGAAAAGCUUCAGUAAGGCCUUUCAAAUGUCCAGUAAGGCCCUUUUAAAAGGUGUGUGUUCUUUCAGCAAAACCAAAACAAUUCACACACAUCCUUAUGUGAAUUGUUUUGGUUUUGCUAAAAGAACACUUACCUAUUU